AUGAACAUUAUGGACCGUGAGGAGGGUGGGCUGCAUAAAUGGCAGGGGACGCAGGCUGGUGGAGCCACGCCGCAAAGUCCGGGGAGCCGCGUUGGCGGCGCGGGCGAGGCGGGCGUCUGUCCGUUAACAGCAGCCCCUGAAGCGGUCAAAGAGGAGGAAGCGGAUGCGCUUAAGGGCACUGCGGGGCGCGAUGCUUCGCCACAGCCCCAAACCGACGGGCAGCCGCAGGGCGGGGCGGCUGCUCAAGCUGCGACCACCACCAACUCGACGAGUGCAGCGAAGGCGGCGCCCGGCGACAGUGACGGCAGCAGCACCGCGGCCUCGGACUCCGCUUCCCUCUUUGCGGUGCUUCUUCUGCUUGCGUAUGCGGCUGCCGCUGCGGUGGUGGCCGCGUGA